AUGGAUCCCUGGAGAAGAAAAGUGUCUGGAAUAAUUGCACAGGUCGCUCUCCUACUUCUGGUUUCGUCUGGGACAGUGGUGGCAGAUAUGUGUGACAGCGUCAUGGUUACUCACCUGCCCCCAUCCUCCUUCAGAAGCUCUUCACAGCUGUCCAACAGCCACAGUCCAGGCUUUGCAAAACUUAACCGGAGAGACGGGGCUGGAGGGUGGUCCCCUGUGAGCUCAGACCGGUACCAGUGGCUGGAGUUGGACCUGGGGGACCGUACCCGGAUCACUUCAGUGGCCACGCAGGGGCGCUACGGCAGCUCUGAUUGGCUGACUGCUUAUCUGCUGAUGUUCAGUGACACUGGACACAACUGGAGGCAGUAUCGACAGGAGGACAGCAUUGGGAUGUUUUCUGGCAACACAAAUGCAGACAGUGUGGUUCAGCACAAGCUACAGCAGACGGUCAUCGCUCGCUACCUGCGCAUCAUCCCACAGGACUGGAACAACAACGGCCGGAUAGGCCUGAGGAUCGAGGCCUACGGGUGUCCUUACAAUUCAGACGUGGUGGGCUUCUCCGGUCAGAGCAGUCUACUUUUCAGAUUGAGUCCAAAACCAACUAUGGUCAAACAGAGCAUUUCCCUCAAUUUUAAAACGUUGAAGAACUCCGGCACAUUGCUCCAUGCUGACGGACACAGUGGGCACAGCAUCACUCUUGAGCUGGAGAAGGGAAAUCUGCUUCUUCAUCUGCAAACAGACAAAUCUCCCUCAAGUCGGCACUCGGUCUCCCUGGGCAGCCUUUUAGACGACCAGCACUGGCAUCAUUUUGUCGUAGAGCAUCAAAGCACACACCUCAACUUCACUGUGGACAAAAGCAUGCAGUGGGUCCAGAUCCCAUCUAAAUUCUCCCACUGGGACCAUGACCAGAUCAGUGUGGGAGCAGACCUGGUCCACGGAUUGCAGAGGUCAGCGCAGCCAAGCAGAAACUUCCAUGGUUGUUUGGAAAAUGUGAUUUAUAAUGGACUGAACCUGGUGUACCUCGCCCAACAGAGCGACCAGCGAGUGACUGUGCAGGGCAAUGUCACCUUCUCUUGCCUCGAGCCCGUAUCUGUUGCGGUGACGUUUAGUGGCCCUCACAGCCUCCUCUCGUUGCCGUGGACGAUGGAGUCUGCAUCAGCGGCCUCAUCAGUGGGUCUUCAGUUCAGGACCUGGGACAGAGAGGGGCUGCUGCUCACGUUUGACCUUCCCAAGCAAGGAGGCGUGGUGUGGAUUUAUCUGAGCAGAGCUAGGCUUUGUUUGAAGUUGUUUCAAUCUGGGAAAACUCAACAAGAUCUGACAGCAGGGUCGUCUCUCAGUGACGGACAGUGGCACCGUAUGGAGCUCCUCUCCAGACGAGGUCAUGUGACUCUUACAGUAGAUGGAGAAGAAGCUGCCUCUGCCUAUAACACACUCAUAACCAUCGCAAAAGGGACGCACUUGUACUUUGGAGGGUGCCCCAUUGUGGACGGAGCAGAGGGAUGCAGGAACCCGUUUAGCUCAUUUCGAGGCUGUAUGCACUCCCUGGUGGUAAACGACCAGCCUGUGGACCUGGUGAUGGUGCAGGAGAGGCUUCUGGGAAAUUAUAGUCAGCUGCAGAUUGACAUGUGCGGCAUCACCGACAGAUGUUCUCCGAGUCACUGUGAACACGGGGCCAGCUGCAGUCAGUCCUGGAGCACCUUCCACUGCAACUGUUCAGGCAGCGGCUACAGCGGCGCCACCUGCCACAGCUCGAUACACGAGCAGUCCUGCGAGGCAUACAAGCACAAAGGCAACACGUCAGGCUUCUACUACAUUGAUGUGGAUGGCAGCGGGCCCAUCAAACCACAGCUUGUAUACUGCAACAUGACAGAAGAGAAGACAUGGAUGGUGAUUGAACACAACAACACUGAACUAACAAGAGUGCGUGGUUCACCGAGCAAGAAGCAGCACUCAGCUCAUUUUGAAUAUACAUCUGAGGAUGAGCUACUGGCUGCUGUUAUCAGCCAAUCAGAGCACUGCGAACAGGAAGUGGCCUAUUAUUGCAAGAUGUCCAGACUUUUCAACACACAAGAUGGCUUUCCACACAGUUGGUGGGUUGGAGGGACGACUGGGGAGCAAGUGCAGACGUAUUGGGGCGGGGCUCAACCUGGAAGUCAGCAGUGUGCCUGUGGCGUGCUGAACAAGUGCCUAGAUCCAAGGCAUCAAUGUAACUGUGACGCAGACCACGCCGACUGGAGCAAUGAUUCAGGUCUUCUCACCUACAAAGAGAGCCUCCCAGUCAGAUCUCUGGUCCUCAGGGACAUAAACAGGCCUGGUUCAGAAAGUGCUUACAGGGUUGGACCACUUCGUUGUCAUGGAGACAAAAAUAUCUGGAAUGCUGCUUUCUUUGACAAAGAGACUUCCUACCUUCACUUUCCCACAUUCCAUGGAGAGCUGAGUGCCGAUAUCUCCUUCCUGUUUAAAACGACUUCAUCCUCUGGGGUCUUCCUCGAAAACUUGGGCAUCAAAGACUUCAUUCGGAUUGAACUUAGCUCUGCCAAUGAGGUCCUGUUUUCUUUUGACGUUGGUAACGGCCCACUGGGAGUGCGAGUGAAGACAGACGCCCCACUGAACGACAAUAGGUGGCACAGAAUUCGAGCGGAGAGAAAUAUUAAAGAGGCUUCGCUUCACGUGGAUGAGCUGCCUGCCGCCACUCGGGAGGCUCCGGCUGAUGGACACAUCCACCUGCAACUCAACAGCCAAUUAUUUAUAGGAGGCACAGCAUCUCGACAGAAGGGCUUUCGUGGCUGUGUGCGUGCGCUUCAGAUGAAUGGGCUAACACUGGAUCUGGAAGCCCGAGCGAAAAUGACCCCUGGGGUGGAGGCAGGUUGUCCUGGUCACUGCACCAGCUACGGCUCCCUGUGCCAACACCAGGGCCGCUGUGUGGAACAGCCGAGCAACUUUUACUGCGACUGCUCGACUAGUGCAUACACUGGGGCCUUCUGUGACCGAGAGGUUUCAGCCAGCUUCAAAUCCUCCACAUCAAUUACCUACAGCUUCCAGGGGUCCGAAGACAGACCCUUGAACCAUAGUGCACACUUCUCUGGUCCUUCAGACCUCAGCCUGACAGCAGAACAUGUCCAUGUGAGCUUCAGGACGGUCCAAGCUCCUGCUCUGCUCCUGUUUGUCAGCUCUAUCCACAGGGGGCACCUGGUCCUACUGCUCAACAGACAGAGUAAAGUGGAGGUUGUCUAUAGACUGGACAGUAGCAGAGUCAGUGAGGUGCUGAGGAGCAGAGUGGGGAAUCUGGCCAAUGGAAAUCUUCACAGUUUAACUCUCAAUCGAGAUAGAGACCGUGUCACUUUACAGAUCGAUCAGAACAUGGUGGAGCACUUCAACCUUACCUCUGAUGUGGAGUUCCAUAGCCUCCAGUCAAUCAUUUUGGGAAAAGUGCAAGAUACUACGGAGCUUGACCCAGAGUUGGCCCGAGUAGCUUCUGCUGGUGUCACCGGCUGCUUGUCCUCAGUGCUUUUCAACACCAUUAGUCCUCUAAAGGCAGCUCUGCUACAUCCAGACACCAGUCCUACCACUGUGUCCGGUCCCUUGGUCCAGUCCCGCUGUGGCUCCCCUUCAGGGGGUUCUCCUGCGGCUGAAACCACCCACACCCUGUCAGGCCAGUCUGGAUCAGUGGAAAUGGGUCAGCCUUUAGUUAAUACUGUCAAGAAGGACUCUGCACUAAUUGGAGGUGUAAUAGCCCUGGUGAUCUUUGUGACCCUGUCUGCCUCAGCUAUAAUUGCCCGGUUCUUAUACAGGAGGAAAUGGAUGUGUCGGAGUGAGGAUGCGAAAACGGUCAAACCAGAUGACUGCCCAGAGUUGCCUUUCAGCAGCCACAACUCUCAAAGCACAGGUUCAAGUGAGAACCAGAAGGAAUAUUUUAUUUAA